AUGGCUCCUCCAGCCAAGCGUCGCAAACGCAAUCUUGUGCACUCCGACGACGAAGGAGAAGCCAAGCCGAAGCAAAACACACUGGCUAACUAUCUGUUCUCAUCACCCGAACGCCCGAGCAACUCUGCCCCGGCUGCGACCCGGUUGGCUUCGGACUCGCCCAGCCCAAUCGCUAGGAAGCCUGCCAGACCGCCUGCACCAACCACGCAAACAUCCAAGCCUGCCGUGAAGGCUCUGCAGCUGAGGAGCAAUGGGCCGAACAGAGCUGCAACCAGGAGUGUUAGCACAAGUACAAGCGCAAGCCCCGAGAAGCCAAACACACGCCCAUCACGGACCAAGCUCGACGACAGAGGCAAAACAGCGGAUAUCAAGACUCUAUUCUCGAGGCAAGCUGAGCGAACACCGGCUGAUGUACCGACCAAGCUGGACGACAUCCUCAGCGACCCUAUUUCGGACGAUGACGGUGUGAAGGAGCACAAAGCUUCCAUGGGAAGCCAUAUCGGCAAGAAUGCAUUGAAGCGCUUCAAAGAUUCCACACCGAGCUCGGGGAGCGCACUCACCGUGAGCCAAAGAUUCUUGAGGCCUCCGAAACCUGCUCGGGAACCAGCGCCUGAGAUUGACCAGAGGCCAUGGUCAGAACGCUUCGGGCCUGUCAACUUGGACGAGCUUGCAGUACACAAGAGAAAGGUGGCUGAUGUGCGCAAGUGGCUCGAGGAUGUAACAGCCGGAAGGCUGCGCCAGCGUCUUCUAAUACUGAAGGGAGCUGCGGGGACUGGCAAAACCACGACGGUAAAGCUUCUUGCGAGAGACAUGCGUUGCGAGCUGCUCGAGUGGAAGAACCCUACAUCGGCAGGCGGCCUCGGUUUCCAGUCGGCAUCUGUCCAGUUCGAGGAAUUCCUGGGCAGAAGUGGGAAAUUCAGCCAGCUGGAUCUUGAUACCGACACCGACAGCGCUGCAACCACGACCAGCACCGCCACAGGUCGAAAAGUCAUCCUGAUCGAGGAGUUCCCAAACACAUUUACAAGGUCCUCUACAGCUCUGCAAUCCUUCCGAGGUGCAAUAAUGUCCUAUCUUGUGUCGAACACGCCAUCACUUGCAGCAUUCACACAUUCUGGAUCUAAGAAUCCUAUUACACCUGUAGUCAUGGUGAUUUCGGAGACUUUAUUAACCACAACAUCGGCUUCUGCAGACAGCUUCACUGUGCAUCGAUUAUUGGGCCCUGAAAUCACAAGGCAUCCUGGAGCAGCCAUGAUCGAGUUUAAUGCCAUCGCGCCAACACUUCUGUCAGCAGCUCUUGAACUCAUUGUACAGAAGGAAGCCAGAAAGUCCGGCCGCAAACGUACUCCCGGUCCGACAGUUCUGAAGCGGCUGGGCGAGAUUGGUGACAUCCGGAGCGCGGCCUCAUCACUUGAGUUUCUGUGUCUCAAGGGGGACAGCGAUACAGAUUGGGGCUCCAAGGUCACAUUCACCAAACCGAAAAGGAGUAUAAAGAGUAACAUUGCCUUAACAAAAGGCGAAGAGGAAAGCUUGCAGUUGAUUUCACAAAGGGAAGCCAGCCUCGGCAUUUUUCAUGCCGUUGGCAAGGUCAUGUACAACAAAAGAGACGAAGUGCCUCUAUCUGAUCAGACAGACGAGGGUCAGGCUGAGCGGUUACCAGGUUUCAUGGCCCAUCGCUCACGACCUAGGCGCUCGGAAGUAUCUGUUGACAGUCUUGUUGAUGAGACUGGCACCGAUACGCACACAUUCAUAUCAGCACUUCAUGAGAACUAUGUGCUUUCUUGCUCCUCUACUGGGCCUGGCGAUCUUUCGUCGUCAGUCGACUACAUGAAUGAAUGUCUCGAAUACCUGUCAGAUAGUGACCUGCUGUGUCCAUCGUCUGACAUUUUUUUUGGCGGGCGGGGCUUUGGUGGAUUUGGCGGAAGGGAUUCCGCUAGUCACGUUCUGAAACAGGAAGAAAUCACAUUUCAAGUUGCAACACGUGGUAUGUUAUUCUCAUUGCCUUAUCCGGUGAAAAGGAUAGGUACAACUGCUCACAGGGGCGGCGGAGAUGCGCACAAGAUGUUCUACCCUACCAGUCUCAAGCUCUGGCGGGAAAAGGAAGAACUAGAAAGCGUGGUAGAUCUUUGGUCUACCAGACUACUGACGGGAGAGGAGGAGACUGUCACGUACGAUGUUACAGAGGGUGCGACGGUGUUUAGAAAGCCAAAACCCAACGACUCUGGUAGUUGGAUGGACAAACAGGGCCCGAAGAAAUCAGGUGUCCAGAGCCACACCUCAGCCAAACCACAAGGAGAUUCGGCGCCUCCUUUACUUUCUUUGGGGAAUUCUGCGCGUAAUGAACUUUUGCUGGAACGUCUUCCGUACCUGGCCCACAUCGCGAGACGCAAGAAGGGUACUGUCAGCAACUUCAGGCUCAAGGAAUUGGAGAAGGUAGUAUCUUUUUCCGGUGUCAAUGGGGGUGGUGAUGAGGACGCUGCCGUAGAAGGAGAUGAAGUGUACCCAGCUGAUGGAGACGCAUGGGCCACAGACAAGGCAGCCGAUGAGCAAUCGCCAUUAAAAAAAAGUAUGGGGGUACGGCAGAAGGGCAAAGACGUUUCGGUGGCGGACUUACCAGUACAGUCACUAGUGAUAAGUUAUGACGACAUAGAAGACGACUGA